UUUUCCGAAACCAAGCAGUUCACUGUAAGUGACACAACGAUGAGGAGCCUCUUAUUAUUGUUAGUUUUCAGCGCAGCUCUUCUGCUAGUGAUAGCACCUUCCGCAGAAGCUCAGCAAAAACGCGUCGUUUGCUACUUCAGCAGCUGGGCCACUUACAGGAACGGCGAUGGCAAAUUCCAGGUGGAGAAUAUCGACCCCUUUCUGUGCACCCACGUAAUUUACUCCUUCGUCGGCGUCAACACUGACGGGUCUGUCAGAAUCCUUGAUUCGUGGAACGACAUUUCGCUGAACGGAUUCAAACGCUUCAACGCCCUGAAGCAGACAAAUCCGAAUCUGAAAACUUUGGUCGCCAUCGGUGGGUGGAAUGAAGGCUCCGUUCGCUUCUCCGACAUCUGCAAAGCCGCCGCCUCUAGGACAACCUUCGUCAACAACCUCUACAAUUUUGUUAAAACAUACGGAUUCAGUGGUCUUGACAUUGACUGGGAAUAUCCUGCCCAACGCGGAGGAAUCUCCGCUGACAAGGCAAAUUUUGUCUCGUUGCUCAGAGAGCUUAAGGCGAAAUUCGCACCCGAAGGACUGGUGCUGAGCGCUGCAGUAUCUGCUGGAAUCUGGGCUGCUAGUGUCUCUUAUGACAUCCCUCAACUUUCAGCCAAUCUGGACUUCAUCAAUUUGAUGACGUAUGACUACCAUGCAUCUUAUGACGGCAAAACCGGAGAAAAUUCGCCAAUGUACGCUGCCUCCAUUGACACCGACAAAAAUCUGAAUGUGCACGCAACCGUCAGUCACUGGAUUCAACAGGGAGCCGACAGGAGCAAGUUGGUCCUAGGAGUUCCUCUUUAUGGAAAAUCAUUCAGCCUGCAGGUGCCAACCAACACUGCUCUUGGAGCCCCAGCCUCUGGAGCUGGCACUGCUGGAGUGUAUUCUCAAGAGGCUGGCGUUCUUAUGUACAGCGAGCUUUGCUACCUGCAGCGAACUCAAACUGGCUGGACCACUUGGUGGAACUCUGCCCAACAAGUUCCAUACACUUACCGGGCUUACGAUUGGGUUGGCUAUGACAACGUGGAAUCUGUGCAAGUGAAGGGACAAUAUGCCAAAAACAACAGUUUGGGUGGAGUGAUGGUGUACGCUCUGGAAAUGGAUGAUUUCAAUAAUUUGUGCGCCGGCGGUCGGUUCCCUCUUCUCAAUUCGUUGAGGAAUGCUUACCUGAGCUGAAACGCAUUAUAUACCGACCUGACCUGACCGAUUAAAUAUUAAUAAAUGCAGCAAGUAAUUUAUACUUCUAUUAUUAUUAACUAAAUAAAUAUAUCCUGAUAAUUUA